AACCUGAAAGAUAAACAGACCAACAGACGCCCGAAGGCCCCCCGAUGAAUAGCACGGACGGAGAAGGCGGCCAAGGCGGCCAAGGCAGACAGGGAACAGCCUGGCUGGCGUCAGACAGCACAGCGGGGGCCACGGCUAAAGCAGUGGGUCGGUAUUUUCACCUGACUCCUUCCUCUUCGUCUCCAAAGUUUAAAUGAAACUGGGGCCUGGCGCAUAGGCCUGGCCCUCAUCACCGAACCACCAGGCCUGACUUCUGCCUGCCCCCAGCCCCUACAGACUCCGACCAUCCUGUGACCUCAUUCCCCGCUCCGGGUUCCACGUGCCACUCUGUGAGGUCAUCAAGAGAGGAUCCCUUUCAGCUUCCCACCCUCAGAGGCCCCAAGAGCCGGUUCCCUGACAGAUCCGUUUGGGGUGGUUUCAGGCUGGCGCUCUCAGCAGGUCACCGGCCCUGCGCCUGGAGGGCUGAUGUCUCCAGACAGCGGGUGAUGCGUCCUUUUGUCCACUGAUUCCUUGAGGAUCUUCAGAGGCCGGCGUUGGGAGGCCAGCAGCAGGGUGGGCCCCUCUCCGCAGGCCAUGGACGGCGGAGUCCCCUCGGUGCGGGAGCUGCCCCAGCGGCUGUGGCCGGGCCCGGGGGGCGGAGAGCAGCACCUCCUGCGGAGCCUGGCGGCGGCGCACGCCUUGGGCGGGAUCAUCCGGCCGUGCUACGGCCCCCUCGGCCUCCAGAAGCUCCUAGUGACCGCCAAGGGCGAGACGGUGAUCACGGGGUACGCCACGGCCAUCCUGGGGGCCCUGGAGCUGGAGCACCCCGCCGCCCGGCUCCUGCGGGACGCGGCGCUCAGCCACGCCCAGCACAGCGGCGACGGCGCGGCCUUCGUGGUGCUGCUGGCCGAGGCCCUGCUGGCCGAGGCCGAGCUCCUGCUGCGGGCCGGCCUGCCCCGCGCCCAGCUCCGCGAGGCCUACGCCGCGGCCACCGCCGAGACGCUGGAGCUGCUGCCCUCGCUGGCCGUGCGCUCGCUGGGGCCCCUGGAGGACCCGUUCUGGGUCCUGCACACGGCGAUGAACACGCACACGCUGUCCCACGCGGAGUUCCUGACCAGGCUGGUGGCGCAGGCGUGCUGGGAGGCCCAGGAGCAGGACGGCACCUUCCGCCCCGAGCGCCUGGGCGUGUGCGCGCUGCGGGGCGGGCAGCUGGACCGCUCGUGCCUGCUGCCCGGGCUGGCCGUGCCCGGCAAGUCCUGCGGGAAGGUGACCGCCGUGGUGGGCGGCGCCCGGGUGGCGCUCUUCGCCUGCUCCUUCGGCCUCGCGCAUCCCAAUGCGCCCGCCACUGCCACCAUCUCCAGCCCCGCCGAGCUCGCCCGCUUUCAGAUAGGGAACGAGCAGAUGACGGAGAAGCAGGUGCUGCAGCUGGCCACGGGGAACGUGAACGUGGCGGUGGUGUGGGGGGACGUCGAGGAGCGGGCGCUGGCGCAGGCGGACCGGAGCGGCAUCGUGGUGAUCCAGGUGAAGGCCCUGCGCGAGCUGGCGUGCCUGAGCGAGGUGCUGGGCACGCCCGUGAUGCCCUAUCUGCUCCCCCCGCUGCAGCUGGGGAAGUGCCAGCGCGUGUACCCGCAGGAGCUGGGGCAGGGCUCGGCCGUGGUGUUUGAGUGGGAGGGCUCCGACACCCCCGCCCUCACCCUGGUGCUCAGGGCGGCCACUAAGGAGGGGCUGCGCGGGGCGGAGCAGGCCGUCUACCACGGCAUCGACGCCUUCGCGCAGCUGUGCCAGGACCCCCGGCUGCUCCCGGGCGCCGGGGCCACCGAGAUGGCUCUGGCGAAAAUCCUCGCGGAUAAAGGCGCCGCGUUGGAAGGGCCCAGCGGGCCCGCGCUCCUGGCGUUUGCCCAGGCCCUGCGGUCUCUCCCCGCCACCCUGGCGGAGAACGCGGGCCUCGUCGUCUCCCAGGUGAUGGCAGACAUGACGGCCGCGCACCAGCAAGGGCACUUCCUGAUAGGAGUGGGGGUCGAGGGGAUCAUCAACGUGGCCCAGGAAGAGGUGUGGGACACCCUGGCGGCCAAGGCCCAAGCGCUGCGGGCCGUGGUGGACAUCGUGCUGCAGCUGGCCACUGUGGACGAAAUCGUGGUGGCCAAGACGAGUCCCCCGCUCCAGCAGGACCCGGGUCCCUGCCCCACGAAGGCCCAGGAGCACCCGUCUUCUCCCAAGACACCCGCACCCAUCACACGCUAAGAUCCCCCUUCCUCAUGCGGGAGGAGAGGAAGAAGGCCACAGUGGAGAUUGGAAAUGAGAGAUGCUGACGGAUUUCUGAGAGGCUCUGCUCACCGUCCACUGGUUUCUUGUGAUGAGAACUUUUAAGAUCUACUUUCUUAGCAAACUCCAAAUAUACAAUACAGUAUUGUAGACUACCAUC